CUUAGACGAAUAAUAAAAAUUCUAUUAAAAAUAUAAAUAAAUUAUAAUAAAAAAUCGCAGAAUAUUAAAAAAACAAAAUUCUAAAAUUCUUGUAAAUAAAAUGAACCAGGAUAAUAAUCUCGGAGGAAAUGACGGUGGAAUUUGCUGUUCACCAGGAUGUCCACCCUGCGAUCGGAAACCCAUCCCAUCAAUUGGUAAAUCUUAUGAAGCACCUUGUACCUCGACCUGCUUGUGCGGGCCGAAAAUGUGUAGUAUUUUUGGUGAGCAUGACCUUAAUGCUCCUGGACCAGAUCCCAAGGCUUGCAGCCCCCGGAAGUGGAGUAGGGCAAGCAGUAAUGCGAAUUCUUUGGGUUCACCAGUUGGUGUCUUACAAGCCACCAUUGCUAUGAAGUCGGACACACCAGAUGUACAUGCUCAUCACUAUGCCACAUCUUUGGUGGCAUUAAUGAAAGUCUAUACAACACCGGAAAGCCAAUGGACUGAAGAAACUUUAGAUAAACUUAUAGAAGAAGGUCAAGCUUUGCUGACUAAGCAGAAGAGUCAAGAGCAUGACUUCGAAUCACCAGCGCAUAUCUAUUCUCAAUUGGAAAGCCAUAUCAAGCGAUAUCAUACUGUAGAUGGCAUCGAAUUUCAUGUGGAAUUAACUGAAAAAUUGACGUUAAGCUCGCCAUCAAGCGCCGCGGAGGAAGGCCACAUACCGGAUUUGACAAUGGAUAAUUUCAAAAUGGUGAUGAAAAAGUUUUUUUCUAAGCAUCGAUUUUGCCUUAUCAAGGUGGCUGGCACUUAUAAAAUGGUGUGGCGUUCUCGCGGCAUCUAUUUUGUAUUGGACUUAUAUGGCCGCAAAUUAGACGAUUUAGAAACGGACAAGGUGAAUGGCAAGGCAUUGCUGAUCUGUCUCAAAGAGCUAGAUAAUGUAAUAUAUUUGAUAAACAAUUUGUCUGGCGUUCAACCCACCGAUCCGUUCAGUUUGCGGGAACUUAAAAUAGUGAAGAUGAAAGGGACAGAUGGCAAGACGAUACGUCGUGACUUUGCUAAGCGCGAACAUCAAUACCAAGUGAUUAACGACGAUUAUGCUGUGCUGAAAGCGGAAACACAUCUCUUACGCAACAGCCGCGAUCCAAUACGUACGCGUAGCGCUCUGCCAGUAGGUGUGGCAGCUUUGUUAGCCGCCAAGAUUGACCAUCCAGCUACAUGGAAUGAGAAAAUGGUCGAUAGGAUAAUUUGCUAUGGUGUGAAUGUCUGCGUCUGUUGCUGGGAACAAUGCCUGCAGGCAAAAGAGCCGAUCGAUAUCGAGCGUUUUCCGAAUCGCCUUAAAAUCGCUCAAUUCAAAGCUAGAUAUACCCUCACACCACGUAAGUUUACCGGCACUUGGAAGUGUGUGCCCAAUUUCAAGCAAAGCGAGCUAGAAAGAGCUUUGAUUAGUAGUUUUGAUGUUGGCGACAACAACUUACUGAUCCAAAUUGAUCAGAAUAUUUAUGCCGUUUUUAAAAAGGAAGAGUUUUUUUAUUUAUUCGAUCCCUACCGCCAUCGGGUUGAGGGUUUGCCCCAAGUAGAGGAGGGAGCGGUAGUGAAGAAGAGCGCAACGUUACGAAUGUUUAACUCACUGGAAGUAUUCUUGAAUGUGUUUACUCAGAUGCUUUUGGAGACGAACCGCACAACGCAGUUUGCCGUGCACGCACUUAAAAUCAAUAACAUAGAAAUGUGGCUACAGGAAGGUAUUCCGCCUCCGGAGGAACCAAUUCUCAAUGAAGAUUUUGAGGUGGAGUCGCUUAAUGAGACACUUUGCUUUGAGGAAGAUGAGACGAAAUGCAAACUCGAUAUGGGCGAAGAUGAUGAAGAGGAGGAAGAUAUUACAUCCGGUAUAGUACAGAUGGAUAUGCCUGAUAGAAGUGAGACCGAAGAGUCCGAAGAAGAGUUAGAGGAGGAAGAAGGUGGAUUAGAAGAUCUUGGCGAGUAUGAAUCAUCUUCCAGUGGUGAUGGUCAUCGUCAUGGUAAGGGAAGAAGAAAGAAGAGCAAAGGGGGAAAGCGAAGAGGUCAAGGAAAAAGUGCCGAUGAUGAUCAUGGAAAAGGCAAAAAAAAAGGUAGUAAAGAAAAGGGGCAUAAAGGCAAGAAAAAAGGGGAAAAGACAGAUAAAGACAAUAAGGAUAAGAAAGAUAAAAAGGGUAAGAAAGAUAAAGGCAAGGAGAAAGACAAAGACAAGAAGGACAAAGAAAAUAAGGAUAAAAAGAAAAAGGGCAAGAAAGGCGAAUCGCAAGACGAUGAAUCAGAUAUAGAAAAAGAUAAGAAGAAAAAAGGUGACAAAGGCAAGAGUGAUAGGGAGAAAUCAGAUAAAGAAAGGUCUGACAAGGAAAAAGCUGAGAAGGAGAGGAAAGAUAAGGAGAAAAUCGACCAAGAUAAAGGUAAAAGCAAAGAUGGUCAGGAAAAAGAGAAAACCGCGAACGCAGAUGAAGAUAAGUCUAAACGCACUGCAAGUGAAUUGUCACGCGGUGAGGGUGCUGUUACGCGGAGGGAUGGUGAUGACCGAGAUGGUCGUGACGGCCGUGAUGGUCGUGACGAUCGUGAUAGGCGCGAUAAAUAUGGUGAUGACGGAGAUCGUUCAAGUAGAGAUCGUUAUAGUCAUACUGGCCGAAGUCAAGACGAUCGCCAUGGCGGAGCGGACCAAAACGCACUCACAUGCAAGCCAAACAGUUAUCCAGGCUAUUCGUGCGUGGCUUACGAUAUGGCCGUUGUUGGCUCGGAGAGCGGCACUUAUGAGAGCAUUUGUAAGCUAUUACGUGCCGGCUUCAAAUGCGCCGAUCGUGUACUCACAAUGACAUCAUGGGGCAAUUAUGUCGUCUUUCGUGGUCGUACGUGUUAUCAUAAAAUUUAUUUCUUGUUCGAUGGUUGUACAUGUAAUUUGAAUCGCUUCCGACAUCUGGACCUCAAUUGUGGUACAGCGGGACUGUUGUGCUUCGAGAACUUGCAUGAUCUCAUUUGCUACAUUAUUGACUCGCAAAAGAUACGUGGUAACUUGAGAAAGAGUCGAAAGAAACUGGUUGACGAAAUCUGCCGGCAAUAUUGCUAAAGUUAAAAUCCCAAAAUCCUGUGAUUUACAAGAAUUUGAGACUACGAAAAAAUGAGAAUAAGAAACUUAUAAUUAUUAUAAAUAUUUAUAAAUUUAUUUGUUUUGUUUUUCUAUAUAAAUGAUAAUAUUUUGUAUUAUGGA